AGCCAUCCUUCUUGCGGCGCGAAGCGAGGCAGCGCGGGGCGCCGGAGGGCCUUGUCAGCGCGCGGAGUUUGGAUAGUGGUUCGGCCCGGUGGCGGCGUGAGCCUGAGUGAGGAUCAUGGCUGCCGUUCCUCAGAACAAUCUACAAGAACAACUGCAGCGCCAUUCAGCCAGAAAACUUAAUAAUAAUAAACUCAGCCUUUCAAAACCAAAAUCUUCACGCUUUACUUUUAAAAAGAAAACAUCAGAGAACGAUGUGUCUGUCACUAGUGUGUCUGUGGUAAAAACACCUGCGUUGAGUGAUAAAGAUGUGAGUGUGUCUGAGACCUCUUCAUUCACUGAGCCUCCGCCCCACACACCAAAGCAGCAGUCAAUGAUUGAUAGCUUCUUUAAAAGUUCUGGAGGACAGCAGACCAAGGGGACCUGCACCGAAGCAUCACUGCUGGACGGGGCACAGAUUCCUCAGGAAGUUGUAUGCACUGCCCCAAAAACCCCAGCUGCAAAGAAACCCCACAUUGCUGUUUUCAAGAAAUUAGAAUUUAGUUCUUCACUAGACUCCCUCAAUGAUUGGGCUGACAUAGAUGACUUUGAUAUUUCAGAAUCAGAUGCGUUUGUUUCACUGACCAAAAAUCCUGUUGCAAGAGUAAGCACUGCUCAGAAAUUGAAAAAGACAAAGAAAAACUUUUUUAACCCACCACUUCAUAAAGUAACUACAGCAAAGGCUGACUUGACUCCUUCCCCUGAAAGCCUGCACGUGGACAUAACUAAGGAUCACAAGGAUAAGUGCCUAAGCAGUGACGUGAUCUGCAUCGAUGACGAUGACGAUGACGACGACGACGACACUGCUUCUGAAGAGCUCAUGAGGAAAGACUCUCAGGAAAGUCACUCUUUAAAAACUCACCUGGGAGGUGAAAGAGCCAGACAGAUGAGUGUGCAGCAGCAGCUUAUUGACGUGAUGGAGCGCAUCUGUCGAUUAGUUGAUACUGUUCCUGUUGAUGAAUUGAAAGCUUUGAAUUGUGGGAACGAGUUGCUUCAACAGCGAAGCAUAAGAAGGAAGCUCCUGGCUGAAGCGGAUUUUAAUGAAAAUGAUAUCAGUCUUCUGGGUUUACUGUGUAGGCCCAGGCCUGAUUCACUUGGUAACACUGUGCAGGGUGAUUCCUGCCCUGUGGGACAUUCUAUUAAAGAGUUAAACUCACCAUCCCCUCCCUCACACUUCCUUUCCACUGAGGAAUGUUUACUGACCACUACUCCAGGAAAGACAGGAUUCCUAGCCACCCCAGAGCAUCCCUUUGAAAGGCCUUCGUUGAAUUGUCAUUUACAGAAGUCCUUUGUAAGUGGCAACUCAGCUGAAACACUAAGGACAGAAAAAAGAACCGAAAGCACUGAUUUCCCAGGAAGUAUUCUCACAAGCACCACUGGGAAAGAUGAGAAAAAACAUGCUGCUUCAAGAAACAACACAGAGAGUGAAGUCCAGGCCUCCUAUGAUAUUGAUAAUUUUAACAUUGAUGACUUUGAUGAUGAUGAUGAUGAUGAUGACUGGGAAAACAUAAUGCACAGUUUUUCAGCCAUCAAAUCUUCCACAGCUGCCUACCCACCUAUCAAGGAAGGUGGGCCAGUUAAAUCUCUAUCAGAGAAGAUUUCUUCAGCCAAGACAAUGGCUCUUCCAUUGGCACCAACUGCUCAGAAUAAAAACCUCACAGAGUCAAGUCAGAAUCACACUGAUAAGUUGACACAAAAUUUAUCAUCAAAAAAUCUGAAGCAUGAACAUUUUCAAGGUCUUAAUUUUCCUCAUACAAAAGAAAUGAUGAAAAUUUUCCAUAAGAAAUUUGGCUUGCAUAAUUUUAGAACUAAUCAGCUAGAGGCGAUCAAUGCUGCUCUGCUUGGUGAAGAUUGCUUUAUCCUAAUGCCCACUGGAGGUGGUAAAAGUUUGUGUUACCAGCUACCUGCCUGUGUUUCUCCUGGAGUCACUGUUGUCAUUUCUCCUUUGAGGUCACUAAUAGUAGAUCAAGUCCAAAAACUGACUUCCUUCGAUAUUCCAGCUACAUAUCUGACGGGGGAUAAGACUGACUCAGAAGCUGCAAAUAUUUACCUCCAGUUAUCAAAAAAAGACCCAAUUAUCAAGCUUUUGUAUGUUACUCCUGAGAAGGUCUGUGCAAGUAACAGGCUGAUUUCUACUCUGGAGAAUCUUUAUGAGCGGAAGCUCUUGGCGCGUUUUGUCAUUGAUGAAGCACACUGUGUGAGUCAGUGGGGUCAUGAUUUCCGUCAAGAUUACAAAAGGAUGAAUAUGCUUCGCCAGAAGUUUCCUUCUGUUCCAGUGAUGGCUCUCACUGCCACAGCAAAUCCCAGAGUGCAAAAGGACAUCCUCACUCAGCUGAAGAUUCUCAGACCUCAGGUGUUUAGCAUGAGUUUUAAUAGACACAAUCUGAAAUACUACGUAUUACCAAAGAAACCCAAAAAAGUGGCAUUUGAUUGCCUAGAAUGGAUCCGAAAACAUCAUCCAUAUGACUCGGGGAUAAUUUACUGCCUCUCCAGGCGGGAGUGUGACACAAUGGCCGACACCUUACAAAGAGAUGGUCUUGCUGCUCUGGCUUACCAUGCGGGCCUCAGUGAUUCAGCCAGAGAUGAGGUGCAGCACAAAUGGAUCAACCAGGACGGCUGCCAGGUUAUAUGUGCAACAAUAGCGUUUGGAAUGGGAAUUGACAAACCGGAUGUGCGAUUUGUGAUUCAUGCAUCUCUACCUAAAUCUGUGGAGGGUUACUACCAGGAAUCCGGCCGAGCUGGGAGAGAUGGGGAAAUAUCUCACUGUGUGCUUUUCUAUGCCUAUCAUGAUGUGACCAGACUGAAGAGACUUAUAAUGAUGGAAAAAGAUGGAAACUAUCAUACAAAGGAAACUCACUUCAAUAAUUUAUAUAGCAUGGUGCACUACUGUGAAAAUAUAGCAGAAUGCAGAAGAAUACAGCUUUUAGCUUACUUUGGUGAAAAAGGAUUUAACCCUGAUUUUUGUAAGAAAUACCCAGAUGUUUCUUGUGACAAUUGCUGUAAAGCAAAGGAUUAUAAAACAAAAGAUGUGACUGAUGACGUGAAAAAUAUUGUAAGAUUUGUUCAAGAACAUAGUUCAUCAUCAGGAACAAGAAAUAUAGGUCCUUCUGGAAGAUUUACUCUAAACAUGCUGGUCGACAUUUUCUUGGGGAGUAAGAGUGCAAAGAUUCAGUCGGGAAUAUUUGGAAAGGGAUCUUCCUAUUCACGACACAAUGCCGAAAGACUUUUUAAAAAGCUGAUCCUAGACAAAAUUCUGGAUGAAGACCUAUAUAUCAAUGCUAAUGACCAACCAAUCGCCUAUGUGAUGCUAGGAACUAAAGCCCAAAGUGUGCUAAAUGGCCACUUGAAGGUGGAAUUCAUGGAAACGGAAAAUACAAGCAGUAUGAAAAAACAAAAAGCUCUAGUAGCCAAAGUAUCCCAGAGAGAAGAGGUAGUUAAGAACUGUCUUGGAGAACUUACAGAAGUCUGCAAAUUGCUGGGCAAAGUUUUUGGUGUUCAUUACUUCAAUAUUUUUAAUACAGCCACACUCAAGAAGCUUGCAGAAUCUUUAUCUUCUGAUCCUGAGGUUUUGCUUCAGAUUGAUGGUGUUACUGAAGACAAGCUGGAAAAAUAUGGUGCAGAAGUGAUUCCAGUAUUACAAAAAUACUCAGAAUGGACAUUGCCAGCUGAGGACAGUUCCUCAGGCAGAAGCCUGAUGGGCAGCAGAGGCACGGGAAGGAGCAGCCCAGAUGAAACUGACGAGGAGGAAGCUCCUGUAUCUUCUCACUACUUUGCAAAUAAAACUAGAAAUGAAAGGAAGAGGAAGAAAAUGCCAGCCUCCCAAAAGCCCAAGAGGAGAAGAACUAGUUAUGGUGGCUUCAGAGCAAAGGGGGGCUCUACUACAUGGAGAAAAGCAUCUUCUAAAAGUAAAUUCUCUAGUGUAACUGGAUCCAGCUCGGCCUCAUGUGCUUUUCAAGCAACAUCAACAGCCAGUAGAAAACUGGGGAUUAUGGCUCCCCCGAAGCCUGUAAGUAGGACAUUCCUUAGGCCUUCGUUUGCGUUCUCCUAACAGUACUUCUCAGCACGUGGAGCUUGUUCGGCAGCAUCUGACCGUCUGUGAAUGGGAAAGCUGUUAGUCUCAUUACAGCAUUCCAAGUUUGCACUCCUGUCUAUUAAUAUUUAAAUGUAUCUCAUGCGAUGGUUCUUAUUUUUAAAUAAAAUUUUCUUUGCUGCUAUUG